AUGACAAUGUUAAGAAGAUGGUUUAGUAAAGGUGACAGAAAGAAAAGCAAAGCGGCCUUAAAAGACGGUGCUAUAUCUGAGAAUGUGACAGCAGUCGAACUACUCGAACCAUUAGAAGGUUCCGAGUAUGCAAUGGAACCUCAAGAGAGUGCUGUGGAUACUACGGUAGAAGAAAACCAAUGUCUGACACAACAACUAGAGGAAAGGCCUGAUGAGCAAGAUGAUACUGAUGAAUCGGUGAAUCAGCUAUCUUUCCAAACUAGUACCACAAAUAAAGUUAAGCAUUUACAACAAAUGCAAAAACAACACUUAGAUGCUAAUUCAAACAAUGAAACCACAUUCCAUUAUGAUGUUUCAAAUGAAGAAAGUGCUAAUGAAGAUAUGGACAAGAAUAAAUUUUCAUCUAUAUUGUCAACAAUGACGGAUGACUAUAUCCCAUUUGGUGAUGGUUCAAACAAAAUAUUUGGCUAUGAAAAUUUUGGUAAUACUUGUUAUUGUAACUCUGUGCUUCAAUGUCUUUAUCAUCUGGAUGACUUUAAGCUGAACUUAUUGAAAACAUCACUAAGAUCAUCGUCAUUACCAGAAUGCAGUUUUUUAGAAGAUUCGCCAAGAAUGAGGAAGCUAGAAAUGCCUGGGAAUAUUCCUAAACAUUUCACUGAAGCAAGUUUUGUUGAUAAUUCAAAAAUAACAUGUACUUGUAAGAACAAUAAUAAUAGUGGUAAGAUACGAAAGAAUUCUGAUGAAAAGAUUGGAGGCAAAACUAAAACAAUGUUCAGAAGCUUUAUCAAGAAGACUGAUAAUAACCCUAACAAUAGUAAUAAUAAUGACACUAACACCAAAAAAGUGCCAUGUACUGUUCACAAGAACAUUAAUGCAAUGAAACCAAUACAAAAUUCUGCACCUAAUUUAACUACUCAUACCAACUUUACAAAGCUUGACACUAGAAUCCAGCAUACUAUCUCAGAAACGCCUACAGGGAUGACACAACAGCAACGCAAACCUUCUUUAGUACAGGGAUUAUCUUUAAAUGUACGUUCAAAUACGAACAACGUUAUUCUUGGAAGACCUAUUGAUAAAAAGAAAUUAAGUAAUUCGUUUCCAAGUAGUUCACCAACAACAACGAAAAAUCCAUCUUCAAAUAAUGCAUUUUCUAAUAAUUUAGAAAAGAAACUUGAAAUGGCUGAAACAUUACCUGAUAUAGUUGAAAUAUCUAUGUCGGGGAAUUUUAAAACUGAUAUUUUCCAAGAAAAUCAAAACCUACAAACAAAUGGUCAGCAAGUUAAUCAAUGUUCACCACCAAGAUAUCUUACCAUAGAAGAAAAGAAGAAGAAUGCAUUAAUUAAUGGACCAAUUUUGAACAUUGAUCAUUUGCUAGAUAAUAAUAAUAACAAAACCAGAGAUUCCAACCUUUAUAAUGGUUUAAAAGAUAUUUUCGAAUGCAUCAUUGAAAAUAAAUUUUUGACCGGCGUUGUUUCGCCCACUGAAUUUGUUCAAUUAUUGAAAAAGGAAAAUGUUUUGUUUGAUACCAUGAUGCAUCAAGAUGCUCAUGAGUUUUUCAAUUUCCUUAUUAAUCAGUUAAGCGAUUACAUACAAACGGAUUGUGCAAACCCACAAGAUGAUAAUUUCAUUAAUGAAUCGUUUCAAGGUAUUCUAACUAACCGAAUUAAAUGUUUAAGCUGUGAUAACGUUACAUCAAGAGAUGAACCAUUCUUAGAUUUCCCCAUUGAAGUUCAAGAACAUAAGGAAUUCACAGAUAUUUCCACGAUAUUGAAAUCAUACCAUCAAAAGGAAAUGUUAGGCGGUCAUAAUAAAUUUUAUUGUAGUCAAUGUUGUACUUUACAAGAAGCCCAAAGGACUGUUGGUUUAAAAAAAUUACCCAACACUUUAGCAUUACAUUUGAAAAGAUUUAAAUAUUCGGAAGAACAUUUCACCAACAUCAAGUUAUUUAAUAAAAUUGUCUACCCAUUGGAAUUGAAUGUGUCAUCAAGUUUCACUUCUUCGAUUUCAAAGAAAUACAAAUUACAAGGUAUUGUAGUCCACAUGGGGAGUAGUCCUCAACAAGGCCAUUAUGUUGCAAUUUGUAAGACUGAUAAAUAUGGUUGGUUAUUAUUUGAUGAUGAGACUGCCUCAUGGAUUAACGAAGAGGAAGUUUUGAGUUUUAUUGGCGAUGAGAAAAGUCAAAAUACUGCAUAUGUUUUAUUUUACGAAGAAGUUAAAGAUGAAAAUGACACGAUCUCUACCUCCUCCUCGGUCACUUCCGGAAAGAGAAACAAGAUGUAUGAAGAUAAUAUUAGGCAGGUAAUAGAAUAUGAUGAUUUAAUGAGAUUAUCUUCAAAAAAGUUCUCGUGGCAGAAACUAAUUUCCGGUAGUUCAACCAAUGGAAUGGAAGAUCUUUUGAAUCCAGGAAAUAUUCUGAACACAAAAACAGCAUCUCCGCGAAGGAAGUCUAGAUUAUUUAGUUUCAGGAAAAACCAUAAUGAUUGA